CGAGCGAGCCCAAGUGAAAGUGCAAGUCCUUUUCUAAAAAAAAAAAAAAACGCCUAUCAAGAUCACGAUGAAGUGUGUCGCAUUGCUGGCUCUGGCCAUGUUCGGGUGCGCUCUGGCGCAGAACGUGAUCCCGAACGACGGUCGGUACUAUCCGGAGUACUACGAAACCAAGUGGGAUGAUGGCCGCUGGCGUCCGGACGGUCGUGGCAAGUGGAACGAUGGCAAGUACCGCCCGGAUGGUGCCGGUAAGGUUGGCGGUUCGGGCGGCUUUGGCGGCUCGGGUGGCUUCGGUGGUGCCGGUGCGGGUGGUUUCGGUGGUGCGGGAGGUUUCGGUGGUGCCGGCGGUGCCGGUGGUGCCGGAGGAUCACGCUUCGGAAGCGGCUCAGGAUCGGGCAGUGGCUCGGCCGGCUCGGCAGGAUUCGGUGCCUCGGGUUUCGCCAGCGAUAGUGGCAGCUCGUUCUCGACUGGUGCGUUCAAUGAUGGCGGUGCUGGAGGUGCCUCAGCCUCGGCAGGAUUCGGUGCUGGCGGUGCUGGUGGCUUCGGAGCUGGUGGUGCUGGAGGUGCGGCCGGAUUCGGUGCUGGCGGUGCUGGUGGAUCGCGAUUCGGUGCUGGAAGCGGCUCAGGAAGCGGAUCGGGCAGUGGAUCGGGAUCGCGAUUCGGUUCCGGAUCAGGCUCAGGAUCGGGUACGGCUUCGCGCUUCGGUGGAAGCGGCAGCGGCAGCGGUGCGGGACAGGAAAAGAUCAAGGAGCAGGUGAAGCAGUUCAACGAUGAUGGAUACUACUACAAGUACGCCAACGAUAACAACAUUGAGGCCGCCGAAUCGGGCAAGAUCGAUGAUCGCAACACCGAAAAUGAGACGCUGCGCGCUAAGGGCUACUACGAGUACGUCGGUGAUGAUGGCCAGAAAUACCGCGUCGACUAUGUUGCUGAUGAGAACGGAUUCCAGCCACAGGGUGACCAUCUGCCCACGCCACCACCGACGCCUGAGCCGAUCCAGCGCGCUCUCGACUACAUCGCGAGCCAGCAGCGGAAGUAAGCG